UCACACAGCUGUUGGAACAACAUUGGUAAACAGCUGGGCACACAGUUUCGGCAAUUGUAUGUUUUGUAAUUUUGAGAUACCGCAACUGCCGUGACAGAGUCGAUUGGUGAGCGAGGAAUGCAGCAUUAAUGCAAUCAGAAGAGACGAAAGCGGGCUAAGCAAAAUCGACACCGAAUCAAACAUCAAAACAAACCAAAAAAAAACUGCCAGAAUGAGUUUUCCCGACAAAUCGGAACGCGCUAAGUGCUGGUCCAAGCGUGAUGACUACUGGAAGUGUCUGGAUGACAAUGCACCCAAGCACAGCUCCACAAGCGGCGAGAAGGUGCCGAGCGCCUGCCAGACACUGCGAAAGACAUUCGAACAAUCCUGCCCUGGCCAGUGGGUAAAGCACUUUGAUCGCAAGCGCACCUAUGAACAAUUCAAGGAGAAAAUGGCAUCCGGCUAUGAUCCGCUGGAGGAACGCACCAAGGCUGGAAAUCCAAGCAAAUGAAUGGCCUGGAAGUGCAAAAGAGACGUUCGGUUAAUUGUUACGCUAUAUAUAUUUUUUUUUGUAUUGUUGUAGUGUAGUGUAAAUAAAAUAUAUAUUUACAUUAUAA